AUGGAUUCAAAAAAAAGAACUCGACAUCAGAAAAAAUGUGAUAGUAAUUAUGCAACAGCAGUUACAAAAUCAAAAUCUUCAAGAAAAUCCGAUAGAUCAAAUAAUCAUAGUUCGCUCAACAAUCAAAUUCCGUCUCCAACCGUUUCUAAUUCUUCAAGCAAAAUAACUACCAUAACUAAAAAUCAUCAAUCUUCAUCAAAAUCGGUUAAAACCUCAUCGCUUAAAAUGUCACAAGUUCUUUUAGGGUUUCCGGAUGGAAAUAUAUUACUCGAAGAGGAUAUUGACCCAUAUUUAAGUAAAAUAGGUGGUAUUCCAAAUUGGUUAAUCAAAUCUUAUCCGCCUCCACAUGAUUUUAUAAUUUGUAAAAAUUGUGAAAAAGAAAUGUUUUUAUUGUUCCAAGGCUAUAUACCCUUGGAGGAAUCGCCUUAUGAAAGGAUGGUUUAUGUUUGGGCUUGUAAUCAACAAAAAUGUAUGAAACGCCCUGGGAGUUUCAGGGCAAUUAGGGCACAUAGACUGGAUGAAAGUUUUGUGAAAAGUCAAAAGAAAAAUAAAAAUCAUUGUCAUAAAGAUCAAAUAAAAUUUGAUGUGCAAAACCCUGCCACAAUAUUUAAUGCACCUACUUUCGUGUUGCCAAACACACAAGUUACAUGUGACCUCAAUGUGAAUUACUCAUCAAAUACUCCAACGUGGAGUCAAGUUGUUGCCAGAUCAACAAUUAUAGAUGAUGUUGAUUCCAAGCUUUGUGAUGAUGUUGCCACGAAACUUGUUAUAGGCGAUGUAUCAGAAACUCAUUCAAAAUUGCCAUGGCCAGAAAAAAUUCCAUUCUUUCCUGCCCAAUACCUAUACAUUACCGAAGAAAUCUUGGAAGAAAACCCCGAUCCUAAUCUAAAGAAAUACGAGUGUUAUUUGAAUGGUUCACUAAAUAACAAUGAUGACGACUCAUUUGACUGGAUGGAUGAAAAAUACGAAAAAUCUUGUUUACCAAGGGGUGUUGACAAAGCUUUUAGAAAAUUUUCAGAGCGUGUGUCUGAAUGGCCCGAUCAAUGCAUUAGGUACGAGUUUGAUGGACAGCCACUCUUAUAUAAUCAAAGUGACCCAGCAGCUUCAUUAUUAUUAUCACCACCGUAUGGAUCGGUUAAAGGGCUUAAAACAAGUACACAGAGAUUACCGAAAUGUCCAAAGUGUGGAUCUAAAAGAGUUUUUGAAUUCCAAUUAAUGCCAAAUAUGUUAUGUAUACUUCAGACUGGUGAAUAUGCGGCUAAUAACUCUGAAAAGAAGAGUGGGAUAGAAAAUAGUAAAUGUGGAAUUGCACAAUUUGAUGUUGGAAUGGAAUGGGGUACAGUAAUGAUUUUCACAUGCGAAAAAGAUUGUGAAAGCUAUAAUGUUGGUAAGGAUGAAGUGUCUUAUUACGAAGAAUUGGUUUUGGUACAAUACGAACUGUAG